AAGUGUCAAGCAUACGAUAGUUGAACGAUUCCGUAGUCUCGUUACGGAAAACGGUCGGUUAGGGAAAAUAAGGCCGAGUCACAUGCUUUCAGCAGCGAGCAAAGGAGUGGAUUCAUCCUUGCCCAGCUCCCUUUUUCAACCUUCUAGGAGUCCUGGGCCUUUUUACCCCAGGGAAUUCCUCCUUCGAAAAAGUUCAGAUCUCUGAUGCAGUUUCCCGCUGAAGUCCUCUAUUAGCCAUCCUCACGACCAAAAAAACUCGGUUGCUCAGCGGCAUAAUUGGAAGACCCUGCUGCUCCUAAAAGAUUCAAGCGUUUAACUACCCGUUUGAGGUGAUAAAGGGCAUCCUUUGAGAGGCACCACCAACGGCAGCACGAGGAUCUACCGUUGAGGGAGAGAGUCGUCCUCCCCCGGCCAAAAUUACCACUGGCUCUCGCUCCAGUCCCGGAUUCAGGAACUCGUCAGAUCUUUCUGAGGAGACUCCUAAAGCCACCCACUCACGAGCCAACCGCAGCCCAUCUCUCCAUCCCGCUCCUCCGAGGAUUCAUCAUGGCCUCGUCAACACCAAGCCCCUCUCUCACAGUGACCCCUCCCCUGGCUGCGGCAGCCGGCCCUCCCCUCCCUAUCAACUCAGAUUCACAGCAUCCUUAUCUUCCUGGCAAUGCUCCACCCCUAGGAAACCCUACUCCACCGCUCUCCACCGUCCCUGUUGACCUUUCGUCCAGCAGCCCUGCUGCUCUCUCCGCCUUUCUCGGCUCCGUGUGCCAAGCUGAGUCAAGUAGGCUGACACCGAGCGCUGCAGACUCUACAGGUCAUGCUGAGGUGAAGCCUAUUCAGAGUGCUAUUUCUUCCUUGAUUAAGCCUGAAGGGUUUGAAUCUCUUUCGGCCGAGAGAGGGAGUGUGUCUGGAGGCGGAGGUGAUGCGAGCCUGACCCAAGGGGCUCUAAGCCAGCUGCUGGGUUUCAUGCAGCAGCAACGGCAGCAGCAGCGGCAGCAGCAGCAACAAAAACAGCAGCGACAGCGGCAGCAGCAGCAAGAGCAAGCAAAAGCCACGCAGCAGCAGCAGCAGCAGGCGCAUAGAGCAGUCGCAGCAGCCUUUCCAGCAGGUGUAAAAACCGGUGGAGGCAACAUGUGGAAUGCUGGAAAGGAUCUUUCAAGGGCGCCAGCAGUGCAGCAGCCUGCGACUGCCUUUCCACAUCUCGGGGACGCCGCGCCACCUUCUUCGUUCCCCCCUGCUUCUUCUUUUCUUCCUGUUUCUUCUCCGCCUGUUUCCUCGUCUCGCCUUUCCGUGGGACUUCUUCCUCAGCAGCAUGAACUUAUCCCUAACCCAAGCACUCCGGUUGCAUCCCUGCCGCUUACACCAUCACUCGAUGGGCAAGCGUUGGCACCUGCUGGCCCCCACCCCCCAUCAUCACACGAUGGGCAAGCGUCGGUACCUGCUGGGCCCCAUCCCCCAUCAUUACAUGAUGGGCAAGCGUCAGCAUUCGCUGCAUCCCAUCUCCAACCGUUUGCUUCAUCCGUAUCAACGCGGAAAGCUGCGGACCAGUCCCUCACGGUGUCUGUGCCGCUAUCCGUCUCUUCUCCCCUCCUACCCCAUUCUUUGCACAAUCGAUCCAUAUCGGCGACGUUUCCGGCUGUACUCGCCCCGCCUGCUUCUGAGUCGACUCAGAAGCAGCCGUCUCACGGGCGCUCGUUAUCGCUUACGUUUCCUGCGAUUCUCGCCCCACCUGCGGCAACGGGAGAGGAUAACACUUUGCUGCUCUCAUGGCAAAUGCAGCUGCAGCUUCUGAGGCAGCAACAGCAACAGCAGCAGGGGCAGCAGCCACAGCAUCAGGGGCAGCAGCCACAGCAGCAGGGGAAGCAGCAACAGCAGCAGGGGCUGCAGCAACAGCAGCAAGGGAAGCAGCAACAGCAGCAGGGGCAGCAGCAACAGCAUCAGGGGCAGCAGCAACUGCAGAAGGGGAAGCAGCAACAGCAUCAAGGGCAACAGCAACAGCAGCAGGGGCAGCAGCAUCUGCAGCAGGGGAAGCAGCAGCAGCAGCAGGGGCAGCAGCAACAGCAUCAGGGGCAGCAGCAACAGCAGCAGCAGGAGAAGCAGCUGCAACAGCAACAGGAAUGGCGGCAGCAGCGACAACAGGGGGAGAAGCAGCAGCAACAACUACGCCACCAUCAACAGCAGAUGCAGCAACAACAGGAGGGUCGACAGCAACAACAUCAACAAGAGUGGCAAAGGCAGCAGCAGCAGCAGCAAAUGAUCAUUUCUGCUAUGCUGAGGAUGACAGGUGAAUCAGGCUCAGAACCCCUAGAAGCAACCAGAUUGCCAGAUAUGGCUGCUUUGCUAAAUAGGGAAGCGCAGCGAGGGAUUCAUGCAGCUGCCCGAGGAGCAGCAGGUUCAGGAGCAGCAAGCUCAGGAGCUGCAGCAGCAGCCGCGCCUGCCCAGCCUACAACAGGGACUCUAGCAAUAAGUAGAGAGAGUGAUUGGGGGGGUGGGGAAGGGGGAGGAGCAGCUAGCUCAGGGGAAUUAGCAGUACAUGUACCUGACCAGCCUGCUACAGGAAAUCUAGCUAUGAGUACUAGAGGGAAAGUUGGUGGGAGUGAAGAUGGGGAAGAAGAACCGCGGAGGCCCAUCAAAGACGGGGGAGCUCAUUCAUUGCCCGAUUUGGUCUCCUUUCUAAACAUGGUGGGGCGUGGAAGGGCUAGAGCCGGUGCGGAAGGAGCAGGGGGUAGGUUGGUGGGAGGGAGGAGAACGGCCGAGGGAGAAGGAGGGUUUGGACGAGGAAGUGAAAGGGGCGUUGGGGGAGGAAGAGGAGGGAAGGGAGGGAAUGGAGAGAAUGGAGAGAAUGGAGGGAGAGGAGGGAGAGGAGGGAGAGGAGGGAGAAGAGAUACAGGAGGGAUUGAAGGGCAAAGCAGGGGUAGAUUUCCAAGCGACCUGAAGGUUGAAAGUACUCGCGAAACUGAUGCAGGGUUGGACGGAUUUGAUGGAUCCGCAGGUCUGGCAGGCAUGCUGAAGAAAGAAGAGGGCUUGGAUAAAGGAGCAGCUGAAGUGAGCAAUACGAUCCGCAUCGCAGGUCUCUUUGACUCUCGGCCCUCUUUCAAUCAGACUGCCCCUGCCAGUUUAAUUGCUUCUGUCACUCCGAUGGGUCAGACGAAAGAGGAGGUCUUUUCAAGUGGAGCAGCAGACGAAAGCCAUGCAAUCUCUGUCACAGACCUCUUCACUUCUCAGUCAUCUCGGCCCUCUGUCACUCGAGCCACUCGAACUGGCUCUAUCACUCCAACUGCCAGCACUCUAGGGGUUCAGAAAAGCAGCUCACUCACUGCAGCAAACCUGGAAAAAGUUGGACCAUUUGUACUAGUCAAGUCGGAGCCGGGAUCGAAGGGCACAGAUUUCAAAUCGGAGCUGAGAAACGCCGACACACAUGCAGAAGAUCUUGACCUCUCCUUGUCCCUCUCCCUGUCUCCCGUUGCUGAUGUUUCUGCCGUUACUCCCACUGCUGCGAGUGAGUCUUGUACCCCUGGCUUUGCUGUCCGCACUGUUACUGCCUCUACAACCACUGGCUAUACUGCUGCGACUGCUUCUGCCCCUGCAUGUGCUGCUCUUGCUGCCACGGCCUCAGCUACCACUGGCCAUACUUGUGUGUCUGACAUUGUCGUCUACGACUGGCCAUACUGCUGGGUCUGUUUCUGCCCCCGCCAGAGCCAGCAGAGCUUCUACCCUUGGUUCUUCUGUUGCCGGUUCUAGUGUUGGUGUUGGUGUUGGUG